CCUAAGUUGUUGCCCUUACUCAAAUCAGACUACAUCACUGACCCAUUUGAGUGGAAUUGGUGUGGUUUCGUAUAUGAAUGGAUGACGGGGCGUGGUAAAGAGCCCGGAAAACCAUCUGCAUUUGUUUUGUUGAUUGCAUAUCUAGACAGGAUUAAGUACAAAAAAACUCCAAAGGGUUGGAAAACAGAUAAGCCACGACUUGAAGCUUGGAACACAGACGACGUGGAGUCUGUUAUUGCGCAGGAUAAGGGACCUGAUGGAAAUUUUGGCCACGCGCAGGUUGUGCGUGAUGUGCUGUAUGGUAAGGAGUACCCAAUUGGAAAACCCUUUUCACGACCUCCGUGGCUUGAUCGGAAGGAUAAAGAAAACAUAGUUGGAGUUCCAACCAAACCACCAACUGAAAUGUUAAAGGUCAACUUACGUCCUAGCAAAGUUCGGAUAAGUCAACCAAAACCAAGAGAGGCUAAAUCUUCGAAACCUGAUGAGUUGAAUAAAGAAGGGGUUGAUGAUAAUCAGAGGGUGCAUGUCGUUUCACAAGAGGUACAUGAGAGUGAAAACAUGGUUGGGAUAUCAACUACAACACAUACUGAAGUGGCACAAAUGUGUACCAGAUCAAGAACAAUCGAAGUUAGGGGUAACAGUCAACAGAAUAGGGAUAAUAUCAGUGAUGGUCAAUGUAUCCAGAAGAUUCUUGGAAUGGGAUGUGCUGUUUCUCAAUUUGCAACUCUUGUUGCAAAUUUAACACAUACACAAAAAAAGUGGGUUGUAGAUAUGGGUUUCGAGGAACUUUAAUUUGUUUAUGAGGAUCGGUAACAUUGAUCCCCGAUUUGGUUAUUGGAUUACUUCUAGGUUUGAUCCCAACACGUUAGAACUUAAAAUAAGGGAUAACUACAAAGUGAGGAUAGAUGAAGAAAUGGUAGGUCGGGUCUUAGGAUUACAGUAUGGUGACCAUCUAUUCCACCCAAGUUACUCAUGCAAGAGUGUCGCUCUUAACAUUAAGAAGAUGUACAAGGAGAAUACGAUAUACGGAGCUAUUAAAGAGUCUGAGGUAUGUGGAAAAAUCGUUGGUGAGACACCUAAUAAGAAGACAUUUCAAAUGCACUUCUUAUUAUACGCACUUGGUACCAUUUUAUGUCCAACACAAAAGUGUGGAUGGAUAAGCCCUUUGCUUGCGAGUGUCGUAUCACUUGCUAGUGAAUCAUCUGAUUAUAACUGGGCACGAUAUGUGUUGGACUGGCUUGUGAAAUACGGAAAGAAAUUCAAUGCCUCGAAGGAGGGCUAUGGGGGUUGUACUCUACUCUUGCUCAUUAUCUACAUCGAUAGACUUGCUUCGUCAAGGGCUAACCUAAACUUAAUACCCAAUGCAUGCCGCCUUCGUGUUUGGGACCAAGAAAAUGUUGAUCGGGCUUUAAAGUCUGACCAAGGACCGAAUGAUGAUUAUGGGUUUGGUAAUGUUGUUGAAGAUUUUGUCUACGGAGACAUUUAACCAGGAAUUUCUGUAACGUUUAUGCAAUUGUGUUAGGACGAUUUAUUUGUUAACAUGCAUUUCUAUAUAAGUGUGCAUUAGUGUAUUAUCAACAGUUUUUGUACUGUAUGAUUUAAUAAUUACUUGUGUGUAAAAUACUUAAACAAUAUUACUUGUGUGUUUGUUAUGUAUGAUGAGUA